ACUACGGCGGCUCAGGGUCACGAGCUGACCCGGCCGCGCGCGCCACAGCCACCACCGCCGCCGCCACACGCAACAGCGAAUCGCGUCAGCCACCACCGUCGUCGCUACUGCUGCUGCGCUGCCGCCGCCGCCGCCGCCGCCGCCGGGUCGUCGUCACUUCGGCUGUCAACCCGACGACGAUACCGCCGCGGUUGCCACCGUCGCCGCCGUCGCCGCCGCCUCCUAAGUCGACCACGUGUGCCAAUUAGUCACACAGUAGUGAUGUUGAGCCCGAAGAUGCAAAGAUGUGUCCGGGUGGUAGACAAUCAGCUCCUGAUGUUGUCGGACCGCGCCCGUACAGAUAGCACACUCACCGGAAAUCUCCACAAAAAAGCGUCAGACAGCGGGAGGUGGAAAAACCGAUUUUUCGUUCUCUACCAGAACAUACUGUUCUAUUACGACUACGAGAGCUGCAAUAAGCCGUCCGGAGUAAUACUGUUAGAGGGCAGUUACUGCUCGAAACUAGAUUUUUCCAGCGGUACGUCGAAAGUCACUGGGAAAAUUCAUCCGGAAAAUGAGCACUGUUUCGUCAUUUCGUACAACCAUCCUCAAAUGCGGCAGUACGAAUUCCGCGCGUCGUCAGAUACGGCUUGCAAGACUUGGGUGAACGCUUUGAAGCAAGCCAGUUUCAAUAAAUUGCUGCUACAAAAAGAAGAGCUCGAACAACGGCAUUUGCAUCUGCUACAGGUCGUCGAGAGCGAAAUGACUGCAAAAUGGCAAUACGCCCAACAGGUCGAUGAGUCGGCCUCAGAAAUCAAAAAACUACGCGCAGAAGUAAAACAUAAUAUUGUGUUAACAUUAAAGAAGGAGCUGCGACCGUUGACAUCGUACAGCGGGUCCACCACCGGAUCGUUCGACGGUGGGACGACGGGCACGUACUCGCGAAGACAAUCCAAAGACAGCUUCAUAUUCUCGGACCCGACCACUUUCAAUGUCCAGGACUCGAUCGAGAUGCGCAAGAUCAAGAAAGUUCAGAGUUUCUUUAGGGGAUGGCUGUGCAGGAGGCGGUGGAAACAAAUCGUCGAACAGUACAUCAAAAGUCCUCACGCCGAGAGCAUGCGCAAGAGAAACAGUCUGGUUUUUCGCAUGGUCGAAGCCGAGGAAGAGUACGUGAGCCAGCUGGAGGUGUUGGUCACUUGUUUCCUGCGCCCCUUGCGGAUGGCGGCCAGCUCGAAGAAGCCACCAUGCUCUCACGAAGACAUAAGUUCGAUAUUCCUGAACAGCGAGACAGUGCUGUUCCUGCACCAGAUAUUCUACAAGGGGCUAACGACCAGAAUGGAAAACUGGCCCACUCUAAUCCUAAGUGAUCUCUUCGACAUACUACUGCCCAUGCUGACAAUCUACCAGGAAUAUGUAAGAAAUCAUCAUUACAGUUUACAAGUGUUGACCGAAUGCAAACAAAACCCAGCAUUUGUUAACCUUUUGGAACGAUUGGAAAACAAACCAGCAUGUCAUGCACGGUCAUUGGAAAACUUCUUAAUAGUGCCAAUGCAUCAGAUUCCUAGAUAUAUAAUAACUCUUCAUGAAAUAUUAGCACAUACGCCCCACGACCAUGUGGAAAGAAAAAGUUUGCAAACAGCCUGUCAGAAACUGGAAGACUUGAGCAGACAAAUUCAUGAUGAAGUUAGCGAAACUGAAAAUUUACGAAAAAACCUUUCCAUCGAACGAAUGAUUAUUGAAGGCUGUGAUAUUCUACUGGACGUCAAUCAAAUAUUUGUCAGACAGGGUACUUUGGUACAAAUGCCAAUUGCUAGAAAAAAGAGCAGGAUACCCCAUUUUAAAACUGAAAAAGAAGCAGUAAGACAAUGCUUUCUAUUUACGAACCAUAUGAUAAUCACAACUAGGACAACUAGUGGAAAAUUACAUUUGGCUCCUGAAGUCGGAAAAAUAUCUUUAGCAGACUGUCGUUUAAUAGAGGACCCUAAUGAUAAAGAGGAUGACAAUAACAAUCCAGGAGACCUGGAAAUUCCAGACGGAAACAACGAAGCUGACGAUUCGGCGGGUACCAGUCACUCAAGUGAUGUUGAGAAUAGCGAUUGUGAAGGCUUAAAAUGUUCAUCUAGUCCAAGUCCAAGUCCUAGUCCAAAACCACAAAAUUAUGAUUUUCAACUUUGUGUUGAUUGCAAAUCGUCUACGCCCAUUGCAGUUCAUUUGUAUGCACCCUCUUUACAAGAAAAAACCGCGUGGGUCAGUGAUAUUAGUCAAUGUAUUGAAAACUUAAGAUUUGACGCAAUGCUUCGAAAUUCAAUGUCAGAUACAUCUUCUGUGACAAUGCCGAAUUCAAUGCGUGAUCCAAAGCUUUUUAAAGAUGACAAAGAUAUCAAAUUUAGCAAAUAUUAUAAUUCCUGUAGGAUUCCGCGUAUUCACCAUGCUACAAAAGAAAAACUGAUAUCUAGACUUGUGGACUUAAGAUUUUUAUCAAUUGAUUUUCUCAAUACAUUUCUUCUCACAUAUAGAGUUUUUACUGAUGGAGUUACCAUUUUGGAAGCGUUAAAAAAGGUGUUUUAUAACAAUGAAGUAGAUGCAUAUGAAAAUAUCGGCCAACCUAUGAAUAACACGUCAUUAGAUCGAAGUGAAUUGCAUAACAAUCAUCAUCUCACUACGGGGGAUAGAGACAGAAGACCCAGCGUCAUUUCGUCAAACCGAAAGAAUAGUGCCGCCAGUUCUGUAUCCGGCUACGGAUCAGAAAUCAGUGACCGGGAUAGAAGUUCCAGUGUGGAUUAUCAGCAUAGUCCGAGAGGAAGAAAAUAUAGUUUUCGAAAACUUGAAGAAGAGGAAAGAAAAAAUAAAGUAAAAGUGUCUGAAGAAUACAGUUCAACUACUAGUUUAUACCAGCAACCUUCACCGGGACGAAAAGUGAGCAUACUAAUCGAAGACACAGGUGACAAUUGUCAUUUAGCCCCUCCUACUAUGGUUAAAGCAACUUCAUCAUCUAGUAAUGAGACACUGACUGGAGAUAACCAACCAACAGUAGUUGCAACAUCUCCAUGUAGCAAUAAUAGUAGUUCGACUUUAGUAGCUGCGACUUCUAAUUGUGAGAAAAGUCUUAAUGACAAUAAAAUCAGUAGUUUGCCAAAAGUAUCUCCACCAGAACGUAAAAUACAAUCGCCUUCAAAAGGUUUCCCUAUUCACCAUGGACAUGCGAUCAAAUUCGGGUCCAUAAUAUCAGAUGCAGCUAAGGAACUCGUAGAAAAAUUUCAUUCAGAAAAGCAUUUUUCUACCCCACAACCACGUAGAAGAAGUUGGUUCAAUCACGAUUGUACUCCAACUAUAAGGAAAAAGAGUUUUGGCGUUUGUGAGGACGAUAUGGGCGGCACUGAUGAAAACGGAUGGCUCAGUAACCUGCAUAGUGCAUCAUCAUCAAGAUCAGCUUCCCUUGCCAACUCUAGCAUUGCACAGUAUUUCUCUAGAAGAAAAUCAUUUGCAUGCGCUGGUGAUGCUGAUGGCUGUUACAGCGGAAGCAUAUCACAGAGAGCUAGCAUGCAACACGAUAGCCCUCCACUAUCUAGUCGUGUCGGUGUUGUAAUAACGUCAUCGAGACAAUCAAAAAGAAGAACUGGAAGGCCGGAGUUUUGGAGCAGCACGUCUACUGCUGCUGCAGCGUUUGCUAUCGCAACGUCAGCUUCGAGUAACCCUCGGGAACUCUCUCCAUUACAUGAUCAAAGAUGUUGUUCAGUAGAACGAAAAAGAAAAGAGUCUGUAAUGUCCACAGCAGCUACGAUGCGGGUGUUAAAUGUCUUAAAACAUUGGAUAUCAAAACACCCACAAGAUUUUGAAAAUGAAACACGUCUUAAGAACAUGACUAUAGACUUUUUAGAAGACAUACUCUUCAGUCCCAAUCUUUUACCAGCUGAGCACAAAAUAGCUGGUCAAUUACUUAGAUUACUUACAAUGGACGAAACCAAAAAACCUACUGUCGACCUAAGCUUGCUGUUGACUCCAUCACAGAUUCCCAGUUCUGAAAAUAUUGACACAUUGUCUGCAUUAGAAAUUGCUGAACAAAUGACAUAUAUCGACCAUCAAAUAUUUAUAAGAAUCCAAAGCCAGGAAUUUUUCGGCCGUGCGUGGAUGAAAGACGACAAAAACAUGAAAGCGCCUCACAUUAUUCUAAUGACUAAGAGAUUUAACGAGCUGUCGCAGCUGGUCGCUUCAGAAAUAAUGCGCAAGAACAAUGUGGCUGCGAGAGUGAUAGCAAUAGAAAAGUGGGCCGCAGUGGCAGACAUAUCUAGGUGUUUGCAUAAUUUUAAUGGAGUCCUACAAAUAUGUUCGGCUUUUACCAAUAGUUCGGUGUUCAGAUUGAAGAAAACGUGGGAGAAAGUUUCAAAAGCUACAAAACUGUCAGUACAAAAACUUCAGAUAAUCGUCUCGUCUGACGGAAGAUUCAGAAACCUUCGCGAAGCUCUGCACAGAUGCGAUCCACCGUGUAUUCCGUACUUGGGGAUGUACCUGAGUGAUUUAUCGUUUUUAGAAGAAGGGACUCCCAGUUUGGCAGACGACGGUCUACUUAACUUUUCAAAAUUGCGUAUGAUCGCGCACGUGGUACAGGAAAUCCGUCGGUUUCAGCAGACCCCGUACAAGAUCGACUUUCACCCGAGGGUGGCCAACUACCUGUUGGACACGUCACUGCUUUUGAACGAGGAUGAGCUGUACACCAGGUCCUUGGAGAUCGAACCUCGGCCGUCCAGGCUAAGCAUCACGACGCUGUCGAACUCGCCUCACCACGGUGGCGGUAGCAGCCAAUGACGGCGGUUCAGCGCCAAGAGGAAUAAAACCACGUGCUUCAAGUAAACGAUCGAUGCGACUGACACCCGCCCGCGGGCGACGGCGGCGAGCGAGUGCGACUAUUUAAUAUAAUAAUAGUAAAUAAUCGUCUUCAAUAUCAUCACUACCGCGUUUCACUACAACUGCAGCAGUAUGAUAAAAUAAUCAAUCGUACGGUGACGAAUGCCUAAAUCAUUAGAUGCUCUAUAGUCACUGCGCCCGGUCGAGGGUGCUGCAGAAAGAGAGAGAGAGAUUGAGAGGCAGAUACAGCCAGACACAGAGAGGAGGGUCUGUUCUCACGUCUCCGAUGACAAUCGUCAUCGUUUCUCAUCACCCCAACACGGUCACAAAUGUUAUCUCGCCGCCGCCGCCCCUCUCCCACCGGAAGGAAUAUUAUUAUUAUAUAUAUUCCCAGUGGCGAGCGAGUCUUCCGCGCGCGAUCAGCGAAUACAAUAUAAUAAUUAAUUAUAUUAUUUAAUGUCCUUCCGGCGGGCCGUCCCGCUCAGUUUACGUACUAUGCACAACGAGUAGAUAGGUAGGUAGUAGGUACCUAAUACCUAUUAUACAUUUCCGCUUGGCCAAGCUGGCUCUACUGCGCCACCGCUAUCAUAGCUGCUUCAAAAUUUUAAUGCGUUAUCUAAAUCGAGUGUAUUCACGACUUUCGUGUUCUUCAGUCUAUCACUUGGCGUAUAUUCGCAACGAUGAUGACAUGUCAUUUUAAUAUCAUCGUUGUGUCAUACGUAUACGAUUUUUUUCGUCUUGACGUUUUUUUGUCUUCGAAUUUUUUUCAUAAUUUUGUCUUCCAGACGUUGGGAAAAACCACUGGCACGGCAAUAUCGACGAUAGAUUUAUUAUAUAUUAUAAUACGUCGUCGUACGCUAACAAUAGUAUAUUGUGCCACAUAUAGGCAUUUUUAUUCGAUUCAUUAACUAUUUUUCUGUUACAUUUUUUUUUUUUUUACAGACACGGCUUUCGGUAUGUGUACUUAUAAUAGACAUUGUUCGUUAAGCGAUUCGGAUGUAAAAAAAAUAGAAACAACACGUACGAUCAAUAUAUAUUAUACACAUGAAGUCGUGUGACACUUGUACGAUUGUCAUAAUUUAUAGGUAUUAUAUUAUUAUUAUAAUCAGUUGUCCGAUGUAUAAAUUUUCAAAACGUUAUCGGAAAAGUGUUAUACUUACCCAUAUCGCCGUCAACGACGUCACAAACCGAAGGUGGGUGGCAAGACGGAUAUACAAAAAUUAAAAAUGGUCGUACUGAACAAUCAAAAUAUUAUUUUUUAGACAGUAAAAUAAUUUAUCGCCCUUAGAAUAAAAUAGAAUAGUAUAGUGUGCGGCCCAUCGUUUCCGUGUAUAGGAACUCGGCUUCGAUUAUAUUUCUUUCGUUGUAAAUCCGUUAGUAACCUUCCUAACCCCCCAGUUGGGGUCACCGCGUAUACCACGGUAUACGGUAUUAGAUUUUUUAUUAACGGUCACGAUUAUAUACACGAAUCGAAAUAUGCGCCGAAAUAUGUACCUUCUUGCGGUUUUUGCUCAGACAAUUAAUAUAAAAAAAUACGUUUAUUUCCGACUCGAAUCACAUGCGACAGAUCACUUUUCGAUUGGUUUUGAUAAAAUUACCGAAACUGUGUGUGUAUGGGUGCGUGAAUGUAUGUGUUUAUUUCCAAUUUUUAUAAUUUAUAGUUACCUAUACGUACGUAUAUGUGUUGAAUCGUUAAAGAUAUAAUAUAUAUAUUUUUUGUUUUGAGAGUCGUCACUUAUUAUAUAAUAAUAACUAUUAAUAUGUAAGGAGAUAGGUUCGGUUAUUAUUAUUUAUAUUUAUUCAUUCUCGGUCAUUCGUCGGUGUGUUGCACGAAAGUUUGACGGUUAUUGGAUAUCGUUUUACACAAUAUUUGUGCACAAAAUGUAUAGAAAACGAUUAUCAACAAGUCCAGCUCAUCGUCGAGUGAUGGCGAAUAGGAGAAACAUUUAUUUUUCUAAACUAUAAGUUGUAUACCGUUAUAAGACUUACCUAUGCCCAAAUUUUUCCCAAUUGCCAAAUUUUUCUCAUCAACUAUACGUAACUAAUGAAAUGAAUAUAUGACAAUUUCUUUGUGUGAUACGAGUUUCUUUCAUAUUUACUCUUCUUUUUCUAUAUACUAUCUCUCGCCAUCGCAUUAUAUAUAUAUAUAUAUAUAAUAAUGUAUUUUAUAUAUUAAAAUAUGUGUGUUAUGCACAUAUACAAAGUUUUUAAUAUAUUAUAUUAUUGUAUUUUAACUAUAUUAUAUGUACUUGAUUCAAUGAUUUUAAUGUAAAUUCGUUAGUUUGUUGAUGUAAUUUUUUUUCUUAUUUUGUUAUUUAAAUAUUUAUUUUCUGUACUAUAGGUGUAACAAUAAUAAUAAAUUUAAACUAUGUAACACGUUCAAUCGCUAUAUAAAAAAAAAACUGUAUAAUAUUACAUUAUAUAAAUAUUUAUUUUUCUCAUAAAUGACAAUCACCUAUAGACGCGGUACCUAUAUACAAACAUAAAUAUGUGUACCUAUACUGAUUGAUUAGAUUACAUUGUUUUAAAGGAUAAAAUAUAUAAUAUAUAUGAAUCAUUGUUACCUAUAUAUAUUAUUAUUAUCAUGUUUCAAGAAAAAAAAAAUAUGUUUAACGAAUUUUCUUACACUAACAUAUCGUCGGUGGAGUUUGAUCUCUGUUUUAAAGGCUUAAAUUGUAUUAUAAUAUUAUAAUAUUUCAUUAUUAUUAUUAUUAUUAUUAUUAUUAUUAUUAUUAUUAUUACUAUUAUUAUUAUUAUUAUUAUUAUUAUUAUUAUUAUUGUUGUUGUUCUUAUUAUAAUAUCGUAUUAAUAUAGACUUAAAUGAAACAAAACUGGACGCUUAAAAACAUAAUAAUAUUAAGUGGAUGCAUUGCAUGCGUAAUAUGAUGUGCUUCGAUCACUGAAAUGCUGAUUAUGUUUUCUUGCAAUCGUGCUGUCUAAUGAUAUGAUAAUAUUAUGCGAAUGGAGAUUUUUUUUCACUCAGUCGUUAUCAAAACUUUUAUUUAUUAUUAUUGAUACUGUGAUCAAAUUUUUUUCUCAUGAUCUAACUUGAAGAGUUUGUUUGUGUGUGUGUGUGUGUGACCGCCAUUUUAUAACCGUCUGCAGUUAAAUAAGUAAACUUUCAAAUAUGUGCCAAAAUGUUAUGAUAUAUUUCAUGUUGUGAUUUUUCAAAAAACUUCUAUAAUUCCAUAAAGAUUAAUUAUUAUACAAUAUUAUAUUAUAAAUACUUAUAGAUGCAAGUGGUGGUUUUCACGUGAGAAAAUCAGCGCGUUUAUUAAUUAAUGUUCGUUGUGGUGUACUUAAGUAUUAUGCGUAAUGCGAGUAAUAUAUAUAUAAUACCUGUAUAUUAUAUAUAUCAUAUUGUAACGUAAUAAUGAUAAUAAUAAUAACAAUAUCGAUUCGUUGUAAGUCUCUAUCGUGUUUUUCCUUUUUUUUUGUGUUCCAUUUAAAUAUGAUUAAAUGCACCCGUUUGGUUUAUUUUUGUUCUACAAAUCUUAGUAUAUAAUAAUAUUAUUAUCUGUUGUUAAUUAUAUAUAUAUUAUAUUAUAAUAAUUAUUGUUGUAUCGAUUUCUUCGUAAAUAUUACGACAAAGAGUUUAUGUCAUUGUUCAAUAAGGUAUUUUGGUUGUUAUUAAAUUUAAUGAUCUA